AUGUACCACAGGCACCCAAAGAGGAGGUUCCACUUGAGAAAAGCGGCAGAUCCCGGAAUCCCAACUCCUGGGGCCAGACCUGUGCUGCCCCUCAAAGCGUCACACCUGACAGGGGACCCGUCCAAAAUGCCUCUUCCACCACCGAGGAAAAAGAAACCGGCAAAGUCCUUCUUCGACAAUUUCAGAAGAGGAAGUCCCUCACGUGAAGGCAGCCCUCCCCUCCCAAAGAAAGAAUACUCUUGGACGGAUCGUCUUGGAAGCAUCAAGAAGUUCAUGAGCAAUCGUCCCUUGCCACCUCUUCCAAAUGACGAAAUGCAAACAAAUGGACAGCACAGCGCGGAAGUUAAACAUGACCUGUCUUUCAUUCACAAAAGGGUUGAAGAAAUUCCUCCCCAGCUCCCAGAGCGCUCCCCGAGGCCUCAAGAACUAGGUAUGGAGAGGAGAGACCAAACAAAUGGACAGAUUCGAAACGGUUUCUCUGACACAUCAGCCCCUUUUAAUCAAACUAGUGGAAUUCCAGAUGGGAACCCGUGGAUGAACAAUGGAGUGAACAACCGAAAUAUGCAUCAACAACAAUUUGGAACUUUGAACAGAAACCAUCCACAUCCUUUCAUGGCACCAGGAGGUCCACCUGCGCAAUCUCAUCACCCAUCUAGCAUGAUGCAUCCUAGUUCAAGUGCCACAGAUCUCCAUGCCAUGGACGGCAUGACGGCGAUGCCAGGCAUGCCACCUUUUCCUCACUACCCGAUGCCACCACAUUAUCCCUAUCCCAUGUAUCCUCAGCAGUAUCCGGGAUAUCCGGGGUACUUCGCCGGCUCCUUUGCCAACCUGAAUCAAGUGCCGAUGGAUGGAGACUUCAGUGACCAAUCAGACGCAAGCAUGAGACACCACCCAUCAAGAAAACAUCAAUUCAGAAAGAGAGCUAAAAGAAGUCAAAGCGUAAUGAUGGACAGGAUGGCCUAUCCAGGUCAAUUCUUCCCUUAUGGACCCUUUCCUCCUGGCUUCGGCCCAUGGGCAGGAGGCACCAUGCCCAUGGAAGCCCCACCUUCUCCUGCAAGCUCUGUGCGUUCUUUAUCUAGAACUGGACGACUGUCCCGUCGCAGGAAAAAAGGCCACACGAGCGAUGACGAUGACUUUUCUGGCUCCAGCUCCCCGCUCAGCCAUCCUAAAUCUUCAUCGUCUGAGAUGAGGGUGGACAACAGGCCAUCCAGCGGGAACAAAAAGGCUCCUCUUGCUUCCUCGGAUGAGGAGAGUGAGGAGGAAGAACAAAUGCAAAGAAAAUCAAGCAAGAGAGCAGACCCAAGAAACCGCAGAGGUUCAUCUCCGAUGGUUUGUCAGUCGCCCUCUGUAAGCAACCUUGAAAAAGACGCGGAAGAUUCCAUAAAGCAAAAGAAAAAAGAACAUUCCGAAACUAGUCUAAAAGAGAAAAUCGUUACCGAAAGACGUCCUUCUAAAGAAUCUUACUCAGAGAUCUCCUGCGAGUGGGAAUGCUCCCACUGCACGUUCCUGAACCCGGCUGGGAAGCGCAUUUGCCAGGUGUGUUGCAAGACAUGUCCGGAGGGAAGCAGGAAGGUCAGCCUGCGCUCGCCGAGCCCCGAAAAGAAGCAGGAAGUCGAAGAGGAAGCGAAGGAGGAAGCAACAGCGCGGAAGAAUCAGCAGGAUAUGGCUAGUCUCAACUCGGCCCUAGACGAAGCUGAAAAGGAAAUAACCAGAGGGUUAGAAGAACUGAUGAAAAUCAAAGACGAUUUUGCCCGUCCACCAUCAGUCUCCAAAUCUCCCCAACUACCGACCGCCACAGAUGGAGGCAGUUCUAAACCAGUGUAUAAGUCCUCAGGAAGAAUGCGAACAAGUAUUUUGGACAAACUCAAUCUCUCAACAGCGAGUAAGAAAGCCAUUCCUUUUACAGAAACAACGCCUAUUGCUACAGACUCAACGUCUAUUGCUACAGAGACCGAAUUUCCUUCGCAUCUUGAUUUAAAUCAGAAUAAAUCUCGUGAAGUACGCGGGGGAUCCAAUUCUUCGUCGGCAUCAGAAUCUUUUAAUUCUCCAACUGCUCAAAGUCCUGUAGACCUCCACAAGAAAGAUUCCUCAUGCCAAACCAAGAAAGAUAAUGGGGAGGAUUACCUGCAACGAAAACAUGCCGAAGAAGAUAUGUACCUGGACAAACCACCACCAAGUAGAUACGGCUUCGGGUAUGCAGACAGAAUGCCUUCUCCUGGUCCAUAUGACCGAUACCUGCCAGUGAGGCCAAUGCAACGUUCUCAUUCGAGGGCAUCACUCUUCGCUGGACGCAUUAAUGAUUCGGUACCCAUGGAUUAUGGCUUUGGUUACUCCCCCAUGUAUAGAAGCGUCAGCAGAGGCUCUUUAUCGGGAGAAUUCUCGUUUGCAUGA